AUGAAGUCAGCGAUAUCGACAGCAUUCAACUCGAGCAAGCUUCAUCGCUACCCCUUCUCUUUCUCUCGCCUCUCCUUCUGCCACCGGGCAUCCGCCGCCGUUCACUUACCGGAGUUUCUCCAGCAAUCCGAUAAAAUUGACCGCGGUAGUUGUCUGAAUUUGAGGAGAAUUCACACGUCUUUCACUCCAGUCAUGGCUGCUUCCUCUUUCAAGCCGGAGCAAGCUAGGGCACCUCCGGCGCUUCCUUUGCCCACUCCUCCUGUCACCAAGUUUAACAUAGGGCUGUGCCAGUUGGCAGUGACAGCAGAUAAGCAGCAGAACAUCCAACAUGCUCGUAAAGCAAUUGAAGAAGCUGCCGCAAAGGGGGCUAAGCUCGUCGUCUUGCCUGAAAUAUGGAAUAGUCCGUACUCAAAUGCUAGUUUCCCAGUAUAUGCUGAGGACAUCGAUGCCGGUGGCCAGGCAUCUCCUUCAACGGCAAUGCUCUCUGAUGUUGCUCGGAGGCUGAAUAUUACAAUAGUUGGGGGCUCCAUACCUGAACGUUCCGGCGAUCAGCUUUACAAUGCUUGCUGUGUCUUUGAUGCUCAAGGAAAGCUAUUGGCCAAACACAGGAAGAUUCAUCUUUUUGAUAUUGACAUUCCUGGGAAGAUAACGUUCAUUGAAUCCGAGACUUUAACAGCUGGGGACACUCCAACAAUUGUGGAUACAGAAGUUGGGCGUAUUGGUAUUGGCAUUUGUUAUGACAUCCGGUUCCAGGAACUGGCAAUGAUAUAUGCUGCAAGAGGUGCACACUUGAUUUGCUACCCGGGGGCAUUUAACAUGACCACAGGACCUCUGCACUGGGAGUUACUGCAGAGAGGAAGGGCUGCAGAUAACCAGCUAUAUGUAGCAACUUGUUCACCUGCAAGAGAUGAGGGAGCUGGUUAUGUUGCUUGGGGGCACUCGACUCUAGUUGGACCUUUCGGAGAAGUUUUGGCUACUACAGAGCAUGAGGAAGCCAUAAUCAUAGCAGAGAUUGAUUACUCACUAAUUGAGCAAAGGCGGACGUUCCUCCCCUUGACAAAGCAGCGGCGAGGUGAUCUUUAUCAGUUGGUGGAUGUCGAAAGGCUAAACUCCAAGUCUUGA